UCGCCUUCGAACGAGUCCCCAGUAAAGCUUGAGUGUACCGUGUUUUUACUCACAUGCUAGGUCGGGUACAAUCUCCUGAUCAGCGUACACAGGAUAGCGAAACGUCCUUGCAUAUGGUCAUUUGAGCUAGAUAGUAAACCUUCCUAACACUCACGUUGUACUUGAAGGCACCAUUUUGAAUCGGAACGAUUCAAUACAAUAAUUUCGAUAGCACUUGAAGGUAGCACGACUCCAACAGGUGGCCUUGUCUCAGAGCCGGUGCGGUGAUCAUAGCACACCACGGGGUUUCGCUAGGAGAAGCAUCUCAUCCUGCAGUCCGAACUACUCUUCAGUUCACUUUGUUUAAUGAAAAGGGAGCUUAGCAUUUUAGCUAGGUCGCUUCGUAGUUAGUCUGGGUACAUCAUGGCGGCUGUUCGCAGUUUGCGGCUUUCUGUGAAACCUGAAAGCGUCUCGGACCGCUCGGACUCCGACUCUGAUUCAGACUCCGACCGGAAUGUUCGUGAAGCGGAGCCAAUGGAGGUCGAGGAGGGAGAACUUCAGCUGGAAUCUAUUCCUGUUCGCAGAAGUUUAAAGGAAUUGUUACCGGACACAAGUCGGCGAUAUGAAAACAAGGCGGGCGCCUUUAUUACUGGCAUUGAUGUGACAUCCAAGGAAGCGAUUGAGAAAAAAGAAAAGAGAGCCAGGCGUUUUCACUUCCGUGCAGAGGACAAUGUCUCUCGGAGGAAUGUGGUCUUGGACAGAGAGCUUAUGAAAAAAGCAAUUCCAAAGAUACGCCUGGAGACCUUACACCUGAGUGGUGUGGAUGACAUGAGCACCCAGGAUGUGUUUAGCUACUUUAAAGAGUAUCCUCCAGCACAUAUCGAGUGGAUUGAUGAUGCAUCUUGUAAUGUAGUUUGGCUGGAUGAUAUCACUUCAACCCGAGCUCUGAUUAACGUUAGCCGGAUGCCUGACAAAGAAGAUUCUAAGACUGCUGGCACCAGUACCACUGACCUUCCACCACAAGAAGAGAGAGAGAGGCGAGAUCAGGGCUCUGAUAAUGAUGAGGAAGAGGACGGGGAAGUUGAUGAUGUGGUGGUGAAAGCAGUCAAAAGCAGCGAUGACAGUGAAGGAAAGGUCAGUGACAGUGAGGAGGAAGCAGAGAAAAAAUCAACACAGGGGGGUUCCCAGACAGAUGAGCUCUCUCAGGCAGAGCAGGAGUCUCUUCUUCGCAAUGACCCACGCCCCACAACCAAACCCUUCAAAGACAACAAGCUGUUCAUACGUUUUGCCACACAGGAUGAUAAAAAGGAGCUGGGUGCUGCAAGGCGAAGUCGGUACUAUAUGAAAUAUGGCAAUCCAAACUACGGGGGCAUGAAGGGCAUUCUGAGUAAUUCUUGGAAACGUCGGUAUCAUACACGGAGAAUCCAACGUGACGUUCUUAAGACUAAAAAGCCCUUAAUAGGAGACAGUAUGGGACACACUCCACCGUACACACACCGUCAUUCAGCUGAUCUGGUGAAUCUUCCAGAGGAGCCCAUAGAAGAGGAAGAAGAGGAGGAAGAGGAUGGAGAGGAAGACAUGGAUGCUGAUGACAGAAUUGUCGAGUAUAAAGACAGGGAGCGAGGGUCACAACUCGGAGAAGGAGGCCUCCGUAGCCGCCUGGGCGGCUCAUUCUCAGAGUCUUCAGAUUCGGAUGAAAUGGACUACGACUUAGAGCUGAAGAUGAUUUCAACGCCUUCACCUAAAAAGAGCAUGAAGAUGACAAUGUAUGCAGAUGAGGUUGAGAGUAAUCUGAAGACCAUCAGAAAUUCCAUUCGCAGUGAUUCUGGCUCAUCAAGCAGCGGUAUACGGAGUCGCAUUGGUGGUAGUGUGACCAAACCUAGCUCAGAAAAAGUGACAGAUGUCAGGCAGUUACUUGAGGAGAAAAGACAGGGCCUUUCACAACAGAGGACAUGCCCCCCUGUUGCCUCCACUGGAAAGACAGAUGUGAGGCAGAGGUUGGGGAAGAGGCAGCAUUCUCCAGAAAGGUGUCGGUCUGUCUCACCUGUCCCAUUGAAAGAGACAGCCCCUCGCAGAGAGCCUCUUACUGACGUUCACAGCAGACUCGGGAAGACUAAACAAUCACGGGGCUCCUACCCAGAACCCACUAAAGACAAAAAAUCAGGUGGUCUGUGGAGCCGACUGGGUCCAUCAAAUAAAGAAAGCAAAGGUGAUGGUAAGCUUUCUGGCAGGCUUGCGAGCAGUGUGGUGUCCUCCCGUGGGAGCCGGCAGAAGGAUGAAGCAGAUUCUGGUGGAGUUGUUGAUUCCGGGAACGAAGAUGAGGAUUUGCAGCUGCAGAAGAUGUGGGGGGUGAUGAUCAAACAGAAGAAGGAGCAGCAGUCCAACAAACUGAAGAAAAGUCGGCUGGACAACCUUCCAUCACUGCAGAUCGAGAUCAGCCGAGACAGCAGCAACGGCUCGGACAGUGACUCUUAAAAUCAAGAGACACUAAAACUAGAGAGUUAAGGAGAAAAAGAGAGGAAUGCUGCCAACUUGUUUGAAAGAUGCUUACAAGUAGAUAGCUUCACUCUCCAGCCCUAAUUUAUAAAUGGAUCCUUCAAACAUCCAAUCUUGUUCUCUCUCUGUUUCUCAAACACACCUAACAGACUUGACUCAGAUAGAGUCCCCUGCCAAAUGAGUGGAAAUAAUCAAGCUUUUGUUUGUCUGAAGAAUGGUCAUUGAGAGAAACAUAGUUUGGGCCUUUCUUCAAAGGAGCAGUUUGUAAUUUUUAAAACCGUUUUGCUACUUUUAAGGCAAAUUUAACUUACACCUUCCACUGCAUGGCAAUGUUGCAAAUAAGGUAUCUGAGGUAUCUUUAUAACAAAACAAAAAAACAUUAAAAAAUUACAAACUGCAUCUUUGAUUGAGUGGGAUUGACUGUGGUAUGACCUACUGUAUGUAUGUUUUAUGGCGUUGCACCAGGUUGAAAAUAAUUUUGGGACCUUAAACAAACAAAACACUGAAUUGUCUCUAUGAAAAACUUUUAAUGAAUAUAGUAGCAGUAGCAGCAUGUAGUGUUGCCAUCUUACACUUUCAAAGUCUCCAGUUUAAUCUUGAUCUUGGUUACUGUGGGGGGGUGGACUUUUGUAUCGCUUCCAUAUUUUGCUUUUACUUUAAAAAACAUGCCAGUCAGUGGAUUGAUGACUAGAUUGGCUUAGGUUAUGCUUAAGUUUGCCCAUGGUGCCCUAUAUAGAAGUGGCUGUAUUCUACUCUUGCCCAUUAUUACUGGAGAAAUUAUUACUGGAUUCACCAUUCCCUUGACUAAGAUCAAAUAAUUACUGAAGAUAAAUUACUGAAUGAAUCAUGUUUCAUGUUAAGAUUAUUAAAAUAAAUUGUUGUAAAUAAUUUGUUUUUGUAUUUGGGGAAUUGUCUUGGGCUAGAUUAUUUCACUGGUGCACACCAUAUAAAUCAGGGUUAGAUAUCUAUUCUGGAGCACCAGAGUCCAGUGAACUUUGGUGAUUUUCCUGUUUAUGCUUUAAGGAAGAGAAACAACCUACUUUGGCUGGAUUUUGACCCUCCACUACCACAGUCCAUGUGCAUCCCUGUCAGAGGUCCAUGCACUGGAUGCAUCAGCACCCAUGUUGAUUAGUGAUGUGGUGCAAAAUCGGGACUGAAGGUGAUUCACCAUGUAGCCGAUUAUUUUAUUUUUUUUAACUACAUUCCCAUACAGUAUGUGAUCAAUCAGCUUAACAAGCAAGGAAAUAUAUUGUAUGUGCAAAUAAACAUCUUUUUCAUAA